AUGCGACCCGAAGCAGCGGCCCCAAGGGAAACAGGCAGGAACAGGCUGAGAGCCCGUGCACACCGCACACCUCUGCCUAGAAUCCUGCUCGCCAAAGUCCAGUCACUGGAGAACAAGCUCAAUGACCUCAGGGCCAGGGCGGACACGGACACUGCUUUAUGCGAGCUGCAUGAAGCACUCACACAGCACCAGACUCAACACCGGGACGCUGUGCUUAUUGUGGCGGGGGACUUUAACAGCGCCAACCUCAAAUGCACAGCACCAAACUUUUACCAACACAUCAGCUGCCCCACCAGGGAUGAGCUAAACACCUUUCAUGCUCGCUUCGAGGCUGCAGCUCAGAGCACUAACAGCGCUAUAGGCAGCACACACGAGGAGCAUGCCGGAGAGGACAGCGCGCUCAUCAUCUCAGAGCACGAUGUAGAACAGACGUUCAGCUAUUUGGAGAUUCAGGGCAUCACAUGUACCAAACCCACACAGUGUGUGUUGGAGUAUGAGAGGGGUCAGAUCUCCCUCAGACUGAUGUCCAUGGAAGAGGUGAACGAGGUGGUGUGUCACAUCGGGGUGUGUGUGCAGAGGAUCUGUCCUGCUCUGUCUCCUGUUAAGGUGAUGAAGAAGUUGUCCAUGGAGCCUCCAGAGAGGGUCACAGCUCUGCAGAGUGUCUGGGAGACUCAUAGUUCAGGAGAAUCCGGACCCUGUGGUGGAUUCUCUCAGCAGUACAGGUGUGUGUGUGACUGGCUCGGCUUGCCUUAUAGAGAAGAAGUUCAGUGGGACGUGGACACAAUUUAUCUGACACAGGACACACGGGAGCUGAACCUGCAGGACUUCAGUCACCUGGAGAACAGGGAUUUAAUAGCAAUAAUCGCCGUUCUGGAGUUUAACCAGUGGUUCACUAAACUCACCACCAAGGACUAUAAACUGUCCGCAGAUGUGUGUGAUCAGAUUUUGAGAGUUGUUGCGCGAUCCAGUCGCCUGGAGGAACUCGUCCUGGACAACGCAGGACUCAAGACGGAUUUUGCACAGAAGCUGGCAAACGCUCUCUCUCAGAACUCCAGCUCAGGACUGCACUCACUAAACCUCUCCAACAAUCCUCUGGAGGACAGAGGAGUUGCUUUUUUAGGCGCUCAGUUUGCUAAACUUCGCAAAGGCCUCAAACACCUCAACCUCUCCAGAACCUCCUUAUCACCCAAAGGGGUGAACAGCCUCGCCCAGUCGCUGAGUUCUAACCAGUCCAUGGCCAGCACACUGAGCUUCCUGGACCUCUCAGGGAACCUCCUGCGUGGAGAUGAUCUCUCGCAUUUUUAUCAUUUCCUGGGACAGCCAAACAACCUGAGUACGCUAGACCUGUCCAACACCGACUGCUCGCUCGACACGCUUUGCUCUGCUCUCCUGAAAGGAUCUCUUCAGCAUCUCUCAGUUCUCAACGUGUCCAAGAGUGUCUUCGCCCACAGGAAAGGUAAAGAUAUUUCUCCUGCGUUUAAGCAGUUCUUCAGCAGCGCCAUGGCUCUCAACACCAUCAACAUCUCCGGAACCAAACUUCCACCUGAGGCUUUAAAAGCACUCCUGCUGGGUCUGGCCUGUAACCCCAACCUGAGGGAGGUGUCUCUGGACCUCAGCUGCUGUGAGCUCCGCUCUGGAGGCUCACAGAUCCUGGAAGGCUGCAUUGCUGAGAUCCCCAACAUCUCCAGUCUGGAUAUCUCUGAUAACGGUCUGGACUCGGAUAUGGGCACGCUGCUGGUGUGGCUCGCCAAGAACCGCUCCAUCAGACACCUGUCCCUCGGCAAGAACUUCACCAACAUCAAGUCAAAAAAUCUGGCUCCAGUCCUCGACAACCUUGUUCACUUGAUCCAGGAGGAAGAAUCACCUCUGGUGUCUCUGUCUCUGGCCGACUCGAAGCUGAAGGCAGAUCUGAGUAUUGUCCUGAACGCUCUGGGCAGUAACAGCUCUCUGACCCGAGUGGAUAUCAGUGGGAACGGGAUGGGGGACCUCGGGGCCAAGAUGCUGGCUAAAGCCCUGCAGAUUAACAGCAAGCUCAGGACAGUCAUCUGGGACAGAAACAACAUCAGUCCACAGGGUCUACAGGACGUCGCUGCAGCACUGGAGAAGAACUUCACCAUCCGCUUCAUGCCCAUCCCCAUCAUCGACGCUUCUCAGGCUCUGAAGGCCAGUCCAGAGAAGACAGAGGAUGCACUGAUGAGGAUGGAGAACUACCUGUUCAGGAACCAUGAAACUCGUAAAUAUGUUCAGGAGCAGGCGUACCGUCUUCAGCAGGGCAUCGUGACCACCACCACACAGCAGAUGAUUGACCGGAUCUGUGUGAAGGUACAGGACCACCUCAACUCUCUGAAGAACUCAGAGCAGGAUGCCAUACUGGAAGAUAUCAGAAUAGCGGAGAACUUGAUCAAGGACGCGAGGAACUCAAAAACGCUCCUCCCCAACCUGUACCACCUCGGCGUCGCGUCCCGGAAGGAGCUGAACGGUUCCUCUGUUGGUCCAAUCCAGGAGAAACUGGACUCCAUGGCUGGAGAAGUGGCUCAGGUCAUGGAUGAGCAGCUCCAGAGUCUUUUGGAGUCGAUGGUGGACACGGCGGAGAGUCUCUGUCCUAAUGUGAUGCGGAAACCCAACCUGCGUCAUGAGCUGAUCAAAGCAGGGACUGGGAAGAUGACGGUACCUCGAAGCUUCGUCAAGAACACACUUCUCGAGCAGUCUGGCAUUGACAUCAUCAACAAGAUCAGUGAAGUGAAGCUGAGUCUGGCUUCAUUCCUCUCCGACCGGAUCGUCGAUGAAAUUUUGGAAGCGCUCUCUGGCUCUCAGAAUACGCUGGGGGAGCACCUGGUGAGGAAAGGGCGUCCCUUGGUGCAGCAGGAGUCCAUGGACUUGGAUGUUCCAGAGGCCAGAAUCUCCAAACGGAGCACCAUGGAACUGCUGGAGGCUGAGAGGCUAGACGACAUUGAGACCUGCAUGAUGACUCCAAAGUCGAAAAGGAAGAGUAUCCACAGCCGGAUGCUGAGACCUGUCUCCAGAGCAUUUGAAAUGGAGUUUGACCUGGACAAGGCUCUGGAGGAUGUCCCCAUCCAUGUUGAAGACCCUUCACCUUCUGCCAAAAUGGACAAAAAGUCAUCAGGGGUUGUGGGAGAGCUGCCGUCUGAGGAAGCCAAAAAACUCCAACAUUACACCAAAUUACGACCCAAGAGGAACAAGAAGACCCAGUCAAGCAAGGUUCCUCAGGUCAGCAGGAUGCCAUCUCAGGACGGAGAGCAGAACGGCCUCAUGGGAAGAGUGGACGAGGGUGUGGAUGAGUUCUUCACCAAGAAAGUCACCAAGAUGGACAAGAAGCAGUCCUUGAAGGCCUCAGACUCUCAGGAUGCUGAAAGGAAGCGAGAUUUGCGCAAAGGAGGCUUCCUGAACCUCAUCAAGUCCCGCUCAGGCAAAGACAAGGAGAAGGACAAGGAAAAAGACAAGGAGAAGGAGAAAGACAAGGACAAAGACAAGGAAAAAGAAAAAGAGAAGGACAAGGAGAAGGCUUCUACUUCAGCCCCACCUCUGUCCCCAGUCCCCCAGGCUGCGGAGGAACCCUUGUCUCCUAAGGCCAAGUCCCAGUCAUUACGUUCGGAGCGCAGCAGCAGUUCCGAGCGCUCUGAGGAACUGAAGACUCCCGACUAUGGAGUCCAGGUGAUGGGCUCCGGCCUUCUCGCCGAGAUGAAGGCCAAGCAGGAGAAGAGAGCCAAGAUCUCUGACUCCUCGUUGAGUCCAGAGAAGCCAGACGGACCUCCACCAGUUCAGGGAAAGGUGGAGGUCAGCAGCACUGUGAUGCCCCCUGACCGAACUACUCGGGUCGGGAGCGAUUUUAAACCAGAGACAGCACCGAGGACCCGAGGGUCAGGCCCAAACCCGACCAGCCCGAAACCACCUCCUCCUCAGAGUGCUAAACCGAGCCCAGGCCCUCGACCGGCUCUCCCGCAGAAACCCCGCAGCAGCAGCACACGCAGCAUCGACGAGAGCUCCGAGGCUCCUGUAGGAGGUCAGAAGGCUCCGUCUACACUCAGAAAAUCUCCCUGGGAAAAGGAUGGAUCCUUGAAUUCUCCACAGAGCAGCUCAGGCUCCAAGAACUCCACUCAGGAAGUGGACAUGACAGGAGGAGACGUUAGCGUAUUUAAAGUCGAGUCUGAGCUGGACAAACCAGCAGCAUCUCACCAGGAGGAGGCGGAGAGCGAGCGAGAGCGCAGGACAUCCCUCUCCAGACCUGCGAGAACGUCCUUGAGCACCAACCAGCAGAGCUCAAACCAGAACGGGUCAAAGGUCAAGGACAAAGCAGCCGAGAAGGACAAGGACUCGGGUCAGAGCAGCAGAUCAGCAGAUUCUGCAGAGGAAACGGAUAAAGAUUUUAUUUUUGUAUAGAAUGAGAGAGAGAGAGAGAGAGAGACCACAUCACUCAGUGUUUCGUCCGUUUCAGGAAUCAAGACUGUUAAAAGUACUGAUGCAUUCCAGCUGCACUCUCAGAUACGUGUGUGUGUGUGUGUGUGUGUGUGUGUGUGUGUGUGUGUGAGAGAGAUAAUGCACUCUCAUUCAAUUCUUCCGUAGCGUCUGAUCCGGUGUCUGAUCACCGAGACAGUGGAGGUUUGGCCGUAUGACGUGUCCUGCAUUAAUACCCUCUCUUCAGGGCUGAAACACUGUUAAAGCAUUGACCGAUGUCUCGUUUCUGCACCGACACUAAGGGGCACUUUGCUAUCUGCCCUCGUGCCUUAGAGCUCCACUAUACUGUGAUCAGACUGAGCAGGACACUGACGGCAUCAACGUGUGCACGUCUGAUUAUCCAACAAUAACACGAAGAGAAGAUUUCUCUGUAGUGUGUCUGUGUGUGUCUGUGUGUGUGUGUGUGUCAGGACUUUCAUCCAUUUCUAGUCUGUUUUUUAAGAAGAACAGAUCAGACUCCUCAUAUGAGAUCGGAUUUCACACGUCUGACUUUGUCCUGUUCUUUCGAGUUAUGCUGCAUGUUUGUUGUGUAUCUGCUCGUGUCUCAGCCUGGCUGAGUCUUUGGGGUAUGUGUACAAAAUCUGAUCUAAAAUCAGACAUCUAAUCUCAGACUCUUCACUUCACUGUGCUGAUCUUGAAUCAUAUUCUUCCACUCACGAGAUUUAAGGUUCGGACUUCAGACACAACUCGUGAUCAGACACUUCCUGAAUGAUUGAUCUGAAUUUAUGAUCAGACUCUUUUGACCUAAGAUCAGAUUUUUCCAGUUAUAGGAUCUGGGAUCUGAUCUACCCCAAUCAUCUCACAAAUUGUGUUCAGAAAUUAGAUUUCUCAGGUUAAUUGUGGCCUGGUAUCAGACCCAUCCUGUUUAAAAUGAUUACAGAUCAGACUCGUCUGUCUCCUAUUUAGGGAGAUUCGGAUCAGAUUUAUUCUGGGUUUUGUUGAGAUAAGAUCAGACCACUUUGAUGAUUAAAUGUUUCUAACCAAUCUCGGAUCAGACUUGAAUUUAUAAUAAUGUGUUUUUUAAGAGAUGGAUGAUUGAGGAUCAUUAGAUUGGACUUAUUUUUAGGGAUUUAGGAUUGGACAUUUCUUUAUUUAUUCCUUUGUUAUCAACAUCAGACACAGUGAUGAGUGAUCGGACUUCUCUGUUAGCAAUGAUUCAAGAUCAGAAUGGGAGUUGAUAUUAGAUCAGAUUGCCCUGGUUUAUAGUAAUUUGUGAUCAGAAUCCUUCUAUGUUUAUAAUCAUGUCUGAGAUCAGACUUGUGUCUUUAUGCUAAAAAUCAGACUGUAUCAUAUGCUUCCGGUUCCUGAGAUCAGAGUUUUAUGCUCUCAGAUUCUUCAUCUGAUUAUGCUACUCGAGGAACUUCUGUAGGCAGUGUGUACAAAUCUGAUUCUGGAUCAGACUCCUCUGUGUUUGGAUCAGAUUCUAAUCUUACAUGAUGAUGGAAGAUGAUUGGACCAGAGCCCAGGUUCCUCAUGACUUUUUUCUUCCCUUUUGCUGGAUUUCCACUGUGUGUGUGUGUGUGUGUGUGUGUGUGUGCGCGCAGUCAGAUCCAAAGAGUCCGAGUCAGCGAAUGAGGACAGGUUUUAUUUCCUCUUGUGUUAAUUAAACGAACAAAAAUUCAAAUAUAAACAAAAGCAGCUCCAUGAUGAUGAUCUGUGAUUAAAAAAAUCUGAAUAAAUAAAUAAAUCUUUCAAAAAACAUUUUUAAUUUAUUUUCAUUAACUGAAGACGGGUCAUCUAUAGCUAAUUUAAGAAAACAAAUUUUUUGGAAUUUUGAAGUAUUUUUUUUACCUGUUAGUUUGUGAUUUGUGAAUGAAAUUGUGCACUUUUUUUAGACACAUUUAAAGAAAAGGGGUGGAGCUUAGAGCAGAUGAUUGACAGCUCAUAAUAAAACCUGAUGUUCUGACCUGUUUUAAUGAUUGGGGGUGGAGUUUAUGUUAAUGAGGUAGUGAGCACAUUCAGGAGCUGGUGCUUUCCUUUCAAGUUGUUUUCCUCUUCUCUUUUGCCUGCUCCACAUCCUUCCUCUUCCUCGUCCUCUUCCUCUUCACUUGUACAUUUUGUUGAUAUGAAUGAUUUAUAUGAAUGUGAUUGUAUAAUGAUUUAAUGUUAUUAUUCUUAUUUUCUUUAAUGUUAAGGGAGACUGUGAUUGAUGUGUGUAUGCAGAUCAGUGUUAAUAUAUAAUGUGAUUAUUAUUAUUUUUUUUAUUUUUUUUAAGUGUGUGUGUGUGUGUGUGUGUGUUAAUGUCAGUAUUUGGAUCUGGUUUGAACUCUAACUCAUUUCACUCGUGCACUGUGUAAUUUGUGGACGUUUCUUUUUUUCGGACACGUUUUUAUCAAUGGGAUUAAAUCUGAUUUUACACA